CUGGGGGUACCAGGGCUGUUGGAGGUACCGUGAUGUCCGGUCGUACCAGGGCUGUCCAGGAGUAUUGUGGUGUCCGUGGGUACCAAGGCUGCGGGUGUACAAGGAGUGUGGGGGCUCCCGGACGGGCUGCCGACCUGACCUGACACCUGCAGUGCCAAGGGACUGUCCAUGUCCCCUCUGCCAGGUUUUGGAGGGACAUGGGGCGGGUGUGGUGUACAGUCUCUGUCGUUCUGUCUCUUCUGCCAGCCCCCCUGGCACUUUGGUCAUCAUCACCACCACCUUUGAGGGGCAGCCCAUGAAAAUCCCAUUCCCGUGAGUUUUGUAGAGCCAGAGCUAGGUAGAGAAGGCUGCUCGCUGUGUCCCAGCGGGAAGAGCAGCUGUGCUCUGGCAGACAUCGCAGUGCCCGUGGGAUCCACUCUGCCCAGGAUCAAUGUCACUGGGGCAGGGCCGUCUGCUCCUCGUGCUGCAGAUGGUACGAGAGCUUGGUGUGUGUACCUGUCCCCCCAGGGAGGACCUGUGGGUGCGAGAGGGGAAGAUCCUCAACCCAGAGAAACUCUUCUUUGACGAGAAGGGCUCUGCUGAUGUCCAGCUGGACUGCAAGGACAGCAUCAUCGCCCCAGGUUUCAUCGAUGUCCAGAUCAAUGGAGGCUUUGGGGUGGACUUCUCUCUGGCUACUGAUGACUUCAAAUCAGGUAUUGACCUGGUCGGUCAGAAAAUCCUCUCCCAUGGAGUGACCUCUUUCUGUCCCACCCUGGUGACCUCUCCUUCAUCUGUGUACCACCAGGUUCUCCCUCAGAUCAGCGUAAGAAACGGUGGAGCCCAUGGAGCAGGAAUCCUGGGUCACUCAGUGGCUAAUCUGUCCCAAGCUGAGGAGGCUGUGCAGCACGGAGCAACCUUCAUCACUCACCUUUUCAAUGCCAUGCUGCCGUUCCACCACCGUGACCCUGGCAUUGUGGGGCUGCUGACAAGUGACAGGAUUCCUGCUGGGCGGAGGGUCUUCUAUGGCAUGAUUUCUGAUGGCAUCCACACCAACCCUGCUGCCCUGCGCAUCGCCCACCGAGCCCACCCCAAAGGGCUGGUGCUGGUGACAGAUGCAAUGGCUGGCAUGGGGCUGGCACCGGGUCGGCACACGCUGGGUCAGCAGGUGGUGGAGAUUGAUGGGCUGAACACCUACAUCGCAGGCACAAAGACCCUGAGUGGCAGCGUGGCGACCAUGGACACCUGUGUGCGACACUUCCAAGAAGCCACAGGCUGCUCAGUAGAGACCGCGUUGGAGGCGGCAUCUCUGCAUCCCGCUCAGCUCCUGGGGAUUGAACAUAAAAAGGGAACACUGAAUUAUGACUCUGAUGCAGAUUUCCUAAUGCUGAAUGACAGCCUGUAUGUGCAAGCCACGUACAUUGCCGGCAAGGAAGUUUGGCGACAGGAUGUGUCAGGCAUGUGAUGCUGAGCUGUCCCAGUGCCCUCCAAGGCUCCCUGGCACUAUGGUUGGCAGCUCUGGCAACCAUCCCACUUCUCUCUUUUGUCCUUCUUUCUCAAUUCCUUCCUGCAACCCCCUUAAAGGAGCCUCAUACCAAAGAGCUGCAUUUUCCAGCUUCCAGUUGCAGCCAUGCCUGCCACGAAUUUGUUGGUGCUCAGUUGGUGACAUGGGGAAAGAAGGCAGCUCUGUGCUGGCAAGGAAUGCCAGUCCUGGAGUGACCUACAGGACUGCAUAGCUGUCCUGCCCCCUGACAGGUGCUCCUAUCACCAGCUGACAGCAGUGAGGAACUGUCCCAGCUUUUGCACAGUUUAUACAGCACACACUAACCUGCUCUACACCUGAGGCAGGCUCAAGCCAUUCCCAUUCCUCUGCCUGCUGUUUGCUUAGCCCCCAGACAGCCAUGACUUGUUAGACAUCAGCUUCCACCAGCUCAGCUCGUAGCUCUUCCCGUCACAAGGUUUCUGUUGUGUCAGCAGAAGCUGAGGAUCACAUUCGGAUCUCCUGACAGCCCUUCUGUCGUCUGUCCUCAGAAAAAGGCUGCCACAGCUCACUGACUCGGUGCCCUUGUGGGGCUGAAUCCUCAGGGCAGACAUCAAACCCAGGAAUACCAAGGCAUUGCUGGUCCUUUGUGCCUUUUCCCUGCAUGGGCAUUGAGUCCAUAGAGCUGGAGAUACGAACAGCGUCCUGCCACAUAAAACAAUGUUCCUUUCACUCCUUUCUCUGUUUGGAUGGGUUCUGCAGGCUCUGUGCCAGCCAUACCAAGAAGAGCCUCGAUGGGUUUGUGCAUUCCUCAGGCCACGGAUGGGGAGCUUUUGCUUUAGGGGAUGUAUCCAAACUGGUAGUGACAGGCUCAUGAGCCCUCAGUCCAGCUCAGGCACUGAGGGAGUGGAAAACUGCAGUGGGAUUCUGGCCUUUCAAGACAGAUAGGUUAGCUCAUUAUUUUAUGCUCAUUAUCUCCUCCAAUACUUGACUGUCAGAUUUUUUCCUGACACUUGGACACUUGUAUGUGAGAACUGAUGCUGAUUUUGACCCUACUCAAGCACUCAGAAUAGGCAUCAAGAUGAAGUCUCAACACAACCUUGGAUAAGGCUCAAACCACUAAGGUGGGUUUUGUAAUGAGGGGAGGGCUCAGACAACAUCUCAGCAAGGGUGGAGAUUGUAAGGCAGACAGAAAUCUGGUUGGGAUUGGCAGAAAUGUACCAAUUUUUCCAGUACCAUUUUAUAAUCUUUAGCAGCAACAUUUGGAAGUGCUUUCCCAGCACUUUAGAGCCCUUCUGUGAGCCUUGGAGAAUUUCUAACAUCAGCUGCCAAUGUCAAGAGAAAUUAUAACCUCCAUGGUUGGAAGCAUUUGAGAGAUACGAAACCAAACCCUGUGCUGUGAUGUGCUGUGCUGCUGCAGUGCUGACCUCAUGGGGAUCUCCUGGCUGUUGUUGGAAACAAUCCAAGGGGGAAAAAUGUGUGUGAAACAAGGUGUCUACCUUUUUAUUUACAAAAUUAAAUAAUCAAAAGAAAAUCUA